AUGGAAGGGCCAGAGAAAGCCCAGGGCGGGAGCUCUCACGAGCUACAAUUCGACAGCGAAAGUGCCAUGACAGUCAUGGGUGACGAAACUAUAGAGACCCCCAGUCCCAAAGGAAAUGACUGGAGCAUGAUGACCAAGCUCCAGGAGGAUAGCGAUCGCAACCUAGCUGCUGGAUUCAGAAAGCAGGAACUUGGUAUCACCUGGAAGGAUCUCUCCGUGCAUGUAACAAGCUCAGAAGCUGCUGUCAAUGAGACUGUUCUAUCCCAGUUCGAUAUCCCUACCAAAAUCAGAGAGAGCCGACGAAAGCUUCCUCUCCAAACGAUCCUCAACAAGAGUCAUGGCUGCGUGAAGCCCGGCGAAAUGUUGCUUGUCUUGGGCCGCCCGGGCUCUGGCUGCACCACAUUGCUGAAAAUACUGGCCAACAGACGAGCAGGAUACAAAUCAGUGGAGGGCGAGGUUCGCUUUGGAUCAAUGCAACCCAAGGAGGCUGAACAGUUCCGAGGCCAGAUUGUGAUGAACACCGAAGAAGAGAUAUUUUUUCCUACCCUCACAGUCGGUCAAACUAUGGACUUUGCCACACGUCUCAAGGUACCCUUCCAUUUGCCAGACGGUAUGACUGCGAAGGAAUACCAGCAAGAAACGAAGAAGUUCCUCCUCCAAUCCGUCGGUAUCUCUCAUACUGAGGAUACCAAGGUCGGCAACGAAUACGUUCGUGGAGUCAGCGGUGGUGAACGCAAGCGAGUUUCCAUCAUCGAAUGCAUGGCCAGCCGAGGAUCCAUCUACUGCUGGGAUCAAUCGACUCGUGGCCUUGACGCUUCUACUGCCCUCGAAUGGACGAAGGCUAUCCGAGCUAUGACUGACACCCUCAAUCUAUCAACCGUCGUCAGUCUUUACCAGGCUGGUAAUGGCAUUUACAACAUGUUCGACAAAGUUCUCGUGCUUGACGAAGGAGAGCAGAUCUUCUACGGUACCAGAGAGCAAGCCAGGCCAUUCAUGGAGGAAGCCGGGUUCCUUUGUCGCGAAGGUUCUAACGUCGCCGAUUACCUCACUGGUGUUACCGUACCCACCGAGCGCAGAGUUCGCGAUGGCUUCGAGAACCGCUUCCCGCGCAACGCCGAGGCCCUGAGAGCCGCAUAUGAAAACUCACCAAUAUAUACCCAAAUGAUCGCAGACUACUCUUACCCGGACUCCGACCUUGCCCGUGAGCGGACAGAGGAGUUUAAGCAGGGUGUGCUGUAUGAAACUUCCAAAAACUUGUCCCAGAACAGCCCCUUCACCGUUGCCUUCAUUGAUCAGGUUAAGAUCUGUGUGCAGCGCCAGUACCAAAUUCUUUGGGGUGACAAAGCUACCUUCAUCAUCAAGCAGGUGGCAACACUAGUCCAGGCCUUGGUUGCUGGCUCCCUGUUCUUUGAUGCCCCCGAUAACUCUGGUGGACUAUUCAUCAAGUCCGGUGCUAUCUUCUUCUCCCUUCUUUACAACAGCCUGCUCGCCAUGAGUGAAGUGACCGAGUCCUUCUCUGGAAGACCGGUGUUGAUCAAGCACAAGGGCUUCGCUUACUUCCACCCGGCUGCUUUCUGUCUUGCCCAAAUCGCUGCGGACAUACCUGUAUUGCUUUUCCAAAUUUCCAUGUUUGGUCUGGUUCUCUACUUCAUGGUAGGACUCACAAUGACCGCUGGAGCAUUCUUCUCUUGGUGGAUUAUCGUGUUCACAACAACAAUGACCAUGACUGCGCUUUUCCGAGCUGUGGGUGCUCUUUUCAGUACCUUUGAUGGAGCAUCGAAGGUGUCCGGUUUACUCAUCAUGUGCACCGUUCUCUACACCGGUUAUCAGAUCCCAAAGCCUUCAAUGCAUCCUUGGCUUGGCUGGAUUUUCUGGAUCAAUCCCCUUGCCUAUGGGUUUGAGGCUAUGCUGAGUGUUGAAUUCCAUGAUAAGACCCACAUUCCAUGCGUCGGCACGAAUCUCAUUCCCAAUGGCCCUGGAUAUGAGAAUGUCCAAGCACACCAAGCUUGUGCCGGUGUGGCCGGUGCGAUCCCAGGCCAGAACUUCGUGGUAGGCGAAAACUACCUAGCAUCGCUUUCAUACAGCUACUCGCAUGUUUGGCGCAACUUGGGCAUCAACUGGGCCUGGUGGGCUCUGUUUGUUUUCAUCACGAUCGUCGCAACCACGAGGUGGAAGUCACCAUCUGAGGCCGGUAGCGUGCUGGUUAUCCCUCGUGAAUAUUUGCACAAACACAUCAAAAGUAACCAGAAUGAUGAGGAAGGCCAGAGUUCAGAGAAGAGGGUCUCCCAAACCAAGGAUGAGUCUCCGAAGCUUGACAAUCAGUUGGUCCGUAACACCUCCGUCUUCACAUGGAAGAAUCUUUCAUACACAGUGAAAACGCCUACUGGUGACCGACUCCUCCUUGACAACGUCCAUGGAUGGGUGAAACCCGGCAUGCUUGGUGCUUUGAUGGGCUCCUCUGGAGCUGGUAAGACAACUCUGCUUGAUGUUCUCGCCCAGCGCAAAACUGAAGGAACUAUUCAUGGUUCUAUUAUGGUUGACGGUCGUCCAUUGCCUAUGUCAUUCCAACGCUCAGCCGGAUAUGUUGAACAGCUGGACAUCCAUGAACGCAUGGCAACGGUUCGGGAAUCAUUGGAGUUCUCUGCCCUUUUGCGCCAACCAGCUACGACUCCACGCGAAGAGAAACUUGCUUACGUGGAUGUUAUCAUUGACUUGCUCGAGCUUCAUGAUCUGGCUGAUACCAUGAUCGGUAGUGUGGGAGCUGGAUUGAGUGUCGAACAACGCAAGCGUGUCACUAUCGGAGUUGAGCUUGUAUCUAAGCCCAGCAUUCUGAUCUUCCUCGACGAGCCUACCAGUGGUCUUGAUGGCCAGAGCGCGUACAACACCGUCAGAUUCCUUCGCAGACUCGCAGACGCUGGCCAGGCUGUCUUGGUCACCGUUCACCAGCCAUCCGCACAGCUUUUCGCCGAGUUUGACCAGCUUCUUCUUUUGGCCAAAGGAGGCAAGACUGUUUACUUCGGACCCAUUGGAGAAAAUUCACAGGACAUCAAGAAGUAUUUCGCGCGAGAAGGAGCGCCAUGCUUGCCUGAGACUAACCCUGCUGAGCACAUGAUCGACGUCGUUUCGGGUCAAUUGAGUCAGGGUAAAGAUUGGAACAAGGUUUGGCUGGACUCACCUGAACACGGUUCCAUGCUCAAGGAGCUUGACGAUAUCAUUGAGACCGCUGCAUCGAAUCCGCCUGGUACCACCGAUGAUGGUCGGGAAUUUGCUACCAGCCUCUGGGAGCAGACAGUUCUAGUCUCGAAACGUACCUCAACCGCCUUGUUCCGAAACAGCGACUACAUUAAUAACAAGUUUGCCCUCCACAUCUCGACCGGCCUGUUUGUUGGCUUCAGUUUCUGGAAGAUUGGUAACUCUAUCACGGAUCUUCAGGUAGUCUUAUUCUUCAUCUUCAACGCCAUCUUUGUCGCGCCCGGUGUGAUCAAUCAAUUGCAGCCGACCUUCCUUGAGCGCCGUGAUCUGUUUGAGGCACGCGAGAAGAAGGCCAAGAUGUACUCCUGGAAAGCGUUCACUGUUGCCUUGGUUAUCUCGGAGGUGCCCUAUCUGGUUAUUUGUGCCGCUCUUUUCUUCAACUGCUGGUAUUGGCUGGGCGGUAUGCCCGUUGAUUCUAGCAAGAGCGGUAGCAUGUUCUUCGUGUUCCUUCUCUACGAGUUCCUCUACACCGGCAUUGGUCAAUUCAUCGCUGCGUACGCACCCAACGCUGCCAUGGCUGCCAUGAUGAACCCUCUCAUCCUCGGCAUCAUGAUCUCUUUCUGUGGUGUCUUGGUCCCCUACGCCCAAAUCGUCAGCUUCUGGCGGUACUGGAUCUACUGGCUCAACCCUUUCAACUACCUCAUGGGCAGCAUGUUGGUAUUUGGAGAGUUUGAUCGCGAAGUCCACUGCAGGGAGCAAGAAUUUGCCAAGUUCAAUGCGCCCAAUGGACUCACUUGCGGUGAAUACCUGAGCGAUUUCAUGCAGACCAUGGGCACCCGUAUGAACCUUGUCAACCCCGAGGCCACCGAAUCAUGCCGCGUGUGCCAAUACACCCGUGGAUCUGAUUACCUUGUCACCGUCAACCUAAUGGACUACUACUACGGCUGGAGAGACACGGGCAUCGUCGCUCUGUUUGUUAUCAGCUCGUAUGCGCUGGUGUUUGGUCUCAUGAAAUUGAGAACCAAGCAAUCCAAGAAGGCCGAGUGA